CCGUCGCGGUCGCGACUUUUACAUUCACAUCGGAAGCCGCCGAGCGACGUCACAUUUGCCGAGCCUUGAGCUCGCACAAUAGUACGCACUACUUCCAAAAGAGCUAAUUCGCAGCUCGGCACCUGCAGUCGCAAGCCAAACCACGAGCUGCCCAUCAUGAAUCAAAUAAAGGCAAUACAGGCGCUUAACAAGAAGGAGAUUGAGCAGGGAAUCUCCCCCGAAGCAUCAUGGCACGUCGACUAUCGCGACACGGCCUUUGUCUACUUUGGCGGCCUGGACGACACGCUCUCCGAGGGCGACAUCAUCACCAUCUUUAGCCAAUACGGCGAGCCCGUGUUCCUCAAGCUGGUGCGCGACAAGGAGACGGGCAAGAGCAGGGGCUUCGGGUGGCUGAAAUACGAGGACCAGCGCAGCACCGACCUGGCCGUCGACAACCUCGGCGGCGCCGUCAUCAAGGACCGCAUGAUGCGCGUCGACCACGCGCGCUACAAGGGGCGGGACGACGAGGACGACGACGAAUUCAAGGUCGGGUGGGAGGAUAUGAUGAGGAAGCAGGGUCAGGUGGUGGAGGAGGAGGAUGAUGAUGACGAGACGGAUAAGGUGGCCAGGCCGUUGUUGAAGGAGGAGAGGGAGCUGCAAAAGUUGCUGAUGGAGCAUGAUGAUGACGAUCCCAUGAAGGAGUUUUUGAUCGAGGAGAAGAAGAAGGAGGUCGAGGAGGCGCUGACGAGGGAGCAGAAGAAGAGCAGCAGGCGGAAGGACAAGGAUGGUAGCAGGUCCUCACGGCAUCAUCACCACCACAGAACCUCGCGAAAGCACAGGGAGGAGAGUGAUGACGAGGCAGGGUCGGACAGGAAACGGAGGAAGCGGAGGGACGAGAGCCGUUCGCGCGAGAGGAGACGGCGGGAUGAUUACAAGGACAAGGACAAGCACAGAGACAGUGACAGUCGGCGCCGGGACGAUUCCAAAGACCGGAGAAGGCGGGAGCGGGACGACGAUGGACACCACCGAAGUAAAGAUCGCGGCCGGGAAAACAGUCGGGAUAGGGACAGGGAUAGGCAUGACCGGGAGCGGCAUAGGCGGCGGCACGAUAGUCGCGAGCGCCAUGAGCGCAGGAAAGAGAGGCCAAGGAGCAGAUCACCUAGGGAUUAAUUCUUGAGAUCGUGUGCAAUGCCAGGUGUUAAGAGGAUACCCCGUGAAGCUAAAAUAAGAGCGCAUUCGUGUUUGUUGCCAGAUAUCCCCACCAUG